CGAGGGGAGGGCUGGUUGCAAGGUUUGAAUAGGGAAGUUUACAGAGCGUACGCUGUGCAGUAAGUUCAGUGUUUUCAUAUAGAUCAAGCCACAGUACUUCAAGACGUUGCUGGCUGUUUCUUGGACCGAGAAGAUAGAGCAACAUCUUGCGAAUUCCUGUGCAGCUGCGUAUGCACGCACGGCCAGGUCAUUUACUUCAAAGAAUACAAAAACGUUGCAAACAUUUAAAAAAAGAAGAAAAAGAAAAAACAACCUUGAUUGAAAUUGUCGUAACUUCGUUUUGGAUUGAAAUGGAUGUUAUUCCCAUGUGCAGCAUCUUUCAGGAGCUUCAGAUCGUACACGACACUGGCUAUUUUUCAGCUUUACCGUCUCUUGAAGAGUACUGGCAGCAGACGUGCCUGGAGCUGGAGCGGUACCUUCAGAGCGAGCCGUAUGUCACCGCGGCGUCCGACAUUAAGUUCGACGGCCAGGAGGGCCUGUGGAACAAGCUGAUCUUGGCGUGCGGGGACAAGGCCGCCGCCGCCGCUGCCGCUGCCGCCGCCGCCGACCCGAAGAUCCCGCGGGCGAAGGAGGAGGACGGCGGGGACGCGCAGAGCCUGGAGGCCGGCGGCUUCACGUCGGACGCCAGCAGCGAGGCGUCGGACAGCUCGGAGGAGCUCUCGCCCACGCUGGGGUACGCCUCGCACCCCCUGGGCCACCUGAGCCCCUCCGCCGCCAGCACCCCCCCAUCCUCCCCGGAGAUCGGCGCCUUGCCAGCGUGGAGCGGCAUGCCGACGGCCCUGCAGUCGCCGGUGAAGAUCCGGGCGGGUGGCGGCGGCGGCGGUGGGGGGCGGAGCCUGGAGAAGGGGGGGCUGUGUCACGGGGAGACGUCGCCGGACGGUAGACGGAGGGUGCACAGGUGCCACUUCAACGGCUGCAGGAAGGUGUACACCAAGAGCUCGCACUUAAAAGCACAUCAGCGCACGCACACAGGUGAGAAGCCAUACAGGUGUUCAUGGGAAGGCUGCGAGUGGCGGUUUGCGCGUAGCGACGAGCUAACGCGCCACUUCAGGAAGCACACGGGCGCCAAGCCCUUCAAAUGCAGCCACUGCGACAGGUGUUUCUCCAGAUCUGACCAUUUGGCACUUCACAUGAAGAGACACCUCUAGGCGUGGCAGGAAGGGGAAGUGCGCGGAAAGGGGGUUGGGGGGGUAAUCCUCAUCUCCUGACCCAGCUUCAAGGUUAAAUUACCCCUGAGAGAGGAUUCAGGGAAGCACGCCCCAAAAAAAAGCAUGCCGUUUAGCACCAUAUGCAGCGCCCCCUAGUGCCACAAGUAAAAAGGGGAUGUUCUGAAGGUUCCGGAGAGGGAAGCAAGAAAAAAGAAAAAGGAAAAAAAUUAUAAUUAUAAAGGGACAGAGAAAAGCUGGAAGAAAAAAAAAUGUCAAGAAAGAAGAAGAAGAAGAAGGGAAAAUUCUUUUUUUUUUCCCAAACGUAUGGGGCAUGGUGCUGGGGGUUCAAAAACUUGCGUGCGUGCGUGUGUUUGUGCAUGUGCAUGGACGCGUGUGUAUGCAUCUGUGUAUGUGUGUACGCGCGUGUGUGUGCGUGUAUGCAGGUACGUGUGUGUGUGUGUGCGUGCGUGUGUGCAGGUCUUUGUCAGAGCACAGAACCUGGACAUUCACCUGUCGUCAAAAACGCCUCCUCUGUGGGUGAGGGGACCUGUCAUCUGGCUGUGUUAGCAGAUUCCAUCCAGCAGGGGGCGAUACAUUCUUGAAUGGGGCUUUUUUUUUUUUUUGGUGUUUGGUGCAGCUACUACGUGUGCAAUCUGUUAAGUAGCUUGUUUUACAUGCUACAAAGCUCAUUUGUAGUCCGUUCUAUAAGCUGUGUACAUAAAGAUAUAACACAUCUAUAGUGUCGUUAUAACAGACAGGUGUUGCAUGAUUCUUGGGUUUGUACACAUCCUGCAAUCUGUAAUCAGGACUGCAAAUUCCAAUAAAGAGCAGCUAUAUACAGAUGGUUUAAAUGUUACAAUAUUGUACUUAAAAGCCUUGAUGCUCUAUUUUCUUUAAAAAAAAAAAAAAACAUUUUUUGUUGGAGAAGCCACUAUUGCUUAGCAACGGAUUUUACCCCCCUAUGAAACUAUUUGAUUUCAAAUAUUAAUGCCUUGAGGACUAAUUCUUUUUUCCUCAUCUUUUCUACCUGUUAAUGCACUGUUGACCUUAAUGGUGCCUUAUACAAGUGACCUUGUCCUGUGGAAUAGAUGAAUACUUAUGUAUCAGUUGGGGUGUGGUUCUUCCCCUCCAGUAGUCCGGAGUGAUUGAAAAGCUUUAGUGAGGCUCUGUUUCACAUGACGUUGCACCUUUUUCCUUAUCUAUAGCGAGGGUUUUUCGGGCCUUAUCGUGUGGCUUUCGAGCGCAUUUGAAACGUUCACUUUAUGUGUCACAGUAAUGUCUUCUUUUGUUUUGUCACGCCAUUUGUAAAAAAAAAAAAUUAAAAAAAAAUAAAUAUAAACCUAAGGAUCUGGGAGCAACACUCACUUAAAAAAAUAAAAUAAAAUAAAUACAAAUCUAGUUGAACUAAUCGAGCUGAGGAAAAAAAAAAAAAAAGAACGCAGCGAGCACUUAAAAAAAAAAAAGAAUUUUAUUUUGACGGAUUUACUACUGUGUAGUGUAAACUGUAUGUACAGUUAGCGAUUUUUGUUUUUGCACGAUACCGUGCAGGAUAAAUUCUAGUUCAGAGGUACACGAUUCUUUUCGCGGGACGCUAAACCGAAGCGACGGAUUUCCUCGACCGAGUUUUGCGGAACGCGAGAGGUAUUGUAAUUAAGAAGCGUCGUCCUGCCAAGUCCUGUAGUGCGCCGAGCCUAAUGAAGGCCUAAAGGCUUCGCUGGCACCGGCGACUGACAGCUGACUCUGGAAUUUGGUUAUUGAUCUGUCUGGAGCCUGUUGUUUUAAUAUACUCAUUAAAUAUAUGCCGAGCAGGUAUCCAGAAAGGAAGAAAAUAAAGUUGCCCUUUGAAUGAAUGGCUUUAGUAUAAAUUUGCGGAUAUAAAAUUUAAUAUAUAUAACGACUAGCGUAAGAAGUGUCUACGUGUAUAGGUUGUGAACAUAGAUUGUUUUGUAAAGAUGCUUCUAUUUUGCAGGGUAAGGGACCAAAAAUGUAAAAAAAAAAAAAAUAUUACAAAAAAACAACAACAUAAUUUUCUUUUUUGAUGUAAAGGUCUGAAAAGAUAAGAAUCAUCAUAUUUCGAUGUUGGAUUAGAGUUGCAAACCGAUAUGGCUCAGUUUGAAGGACUGUGUAACACACAAAAAAGAAAGCUGUACAUUUUUCUUCAACUUCAGAAAGAUGUGGUUUUUUUUUUCUCUUUAUUUUUGUGGUGACUUGUGAGGUUUCAUUGGCCACAUAAUAGGUGGAGCUGCCAUAAGUUGUCCAUCACAAACGAUUCAGCCAAUCAGAUGGCUCACCGCUGACUCACCACACACAAUGUUGUCACCGAAAGCACUGUGUGACUCUGCCUAUUUUUGGUUGCAUGAAGCUUCACAGUUACAUCAGUUUUUUUUUUUUUUUUUUUUUUUUUUUUUUAAUGCACAUUGAUAUUUUCAACGGACUUAUGAAAAAUAGUGUAGCACAAAAAAAAAAAAUGCCAUACAGGUUGGUCUCCUGGAGGGAGAAAAAAUGCAGUGUAUUGUAUUUAAAAUGGCCGCCAGUUCCCUAUGGGUGGUAAUCGAGCCUUAAUCAAGCCAACUGUUUGUUUGCGACGUAACCAACAAAUUUUUAUUACAGAAGAUGUUCAUUCUUUUAAACUCUGCCCUGUUAUCUAAAGAAUCUUUGUAAAAAAAUGUUUUUAUUAUUUUUGUUUUAUUUUUUGCUUUUCAGAUUUUUUUGAAAUUGCUUUGCAAAGUUGGUUAUUUCUGUAUGAAUGUAUUUUUUAUUGGAAUAACAAAAAUUCUUAUCAGG